CCAGGAAGCUUAUCUAAGGAGAGAUGGAUUUGGGUGUCUUUACAGUAAUCUACUCGUAAAUAUACCCGUUUGUACAUUCUACCUGUUGGAUCGAACAUAUUAAAUUUUUCUGUGUAUGUUCUUUGAUAAAAGGGAUUUUCAUUGGAACAUUCAUAUAAGUCCUUUUCUGAAGGAUCUUCUGAUUAAAAGUGUUUCCUGAAGAAGAACUUUGUUUAACACUGACAUAUGGCUUGUCACUGCCAAAAUAGUUAUUGGAUUAUAGUGAAGUUUGAGUGAUGUAGAGUGUACUUAGGUUAAUCCUCUUUUUUUGUAAAAAUUCAAAAAUUCUGGAAUUUCAAGAAUGGAAAUUCAGGCAAAUAAAUCAGCAGAGGAAUUCUUAACUACUCUAAAACAGUCUUUAAAACGGAUGCAAAACAUUCGACAGGCGGAACAAACCAUUCGUUUGAGAUUCCGCAGUUCGUCUUUGACAGAUCUCACAAAAAUUGGCAGACCCGUCUCCAAGAAGGUUGACAGACCCAAUGCCAGGAUGGACCGAGAGGAACUGGCGCAGGAAUCGGCCAGAAUUCAGAAGGAGAUGGACGAGAGAAAGACUCGAGAUCACCCCUCCCGCAGGGAUGAAAAGUCCCCCACUCGUACUGCGAUGAGUUUAUCAACUUCAGCAAUGAACAGAUUUCCUUCCUAUGAAGAACUAAGAUCACAGCUACCUCCAGGGUGCCCCGACCCACUUACUGGACGAUUCAGCCCUGCCCCUCAGGAAAGAAUGAGUACCUCUUCCAGUCCUCCCCCUCCCAAACAGAAGUCUGGUUCUAUCCAUCCACCAGAGUUAUAUGGACAGCCUAGUUCUCCCAGGGACCUACAUAGGAGGUCAGUUUCUCCUACAGAGAGGACCAGGAAAUACCCAGAUGUACAGAAUCCCAGCACAAGGAGCUUCUCUCCUGACAGAUUACCUGAUGUUCAAUUGGAUUCACCAACUAUGACAAGUUCUCCAAGAGAAAAGAAAUCUCAUACACAAGACAGAACGGAACCAGUUAGUGUGGAAAAUCCUCGUGAACAAGAGAGAAGUCGGCAAGUGAUGCGACCUAAAUCUCAAAAACCAAUAGACAGAUAUGAUGAUCAGGACAGUGAUUUCAGUGAUGUUAAUGACAAUUCUCUGUAUGACAGAAGUGCCCCUAGUCAGACUUUUAACCCCAUAACCAGUUCUCCUAUAGAUAGAGGGAGGACUAGGAGCCGCAGGUCUAAUGAUUAUGAGGGUUCUGGCCAGCCCACUAGUAGGAGUCUCUCAGAGAGACCUUUCUACAGUCGGUCUUCCUACGAUCACGAGAGAAGCCAAACAUCACCAGAGAGACCUCGUGUUUCACAGGAAGUUCCAGAUGUUUCGCUGGGAAGAAUAAGUCCCAUUCUCAAUGGAAGGGGUUCACCAAGGGUUACAGAAGAAAAAUUGUCUGUUUCAUUCCAAGAUUUCCCGCCACCUGCACAGGAAGAUGGUAGAAGUUCCCCCACGUAUUUAGAUCUGGCUUACAAUAAGGAGAGGCCAUCAUUCAGAUCAGAGUGGAUUGCCAGAGGAGUACCUUCUAGAUCAGAAAGUGAGAGUGAACCAAAGUCUUUGAAGAGAGCCCUCCUGGAUGUAAGAACUGCAGAGAAACAACUUAAAGAAAUUAAAGCCCUGACUGAGGAUGCCAGGACACAGCUGAUGCUGACAGAAUUUAAGAGAGACAACAAGCAGAGAGAUUAUGAAAGAAUGAGUGAAGACUUAAACAGGAGGAAGCGGGAACUGAAAGGUUACGAGGACCAGCUAAGGUCAAGGACAGGUGAUAUUCUACAGAUGGAUCAGACUCAUCUUGGUGAUAAGACCCUUGCCCUUAUCCAGGAGAAUGAGAGUCUGAAACAUCGACUGAGACAGGCUGAUGGCCUCGAGUUAGAGAGAGAUGAACUUGUCAGACAGCUAGAGAUGGCAAAGGAAGACCUCUUCAAUGAACAGAAACAGGCCAGGCAUAAGACUGAAGAACUCAAAGAUGAGAUAGAAAAUUUAGCAAGUCAGCUGGAAGAAAGUAGAGGACCCUUCCCUGUAGUGGACACUCAGAAAGUACGGGAACUAGAGGAAGCUCUGAGAAGGGUGGAGAAGGAGAAGACAAAUCUUAUCAGGGAUAAAGCUAGUCUGUAUGAAGAGCUUCAGGAACUGUCUAAAUCUGGUAAAUCUGAGUACAGAGCGAGGUCAGGGAAGGCCGAGGAACUGAGAGCUCAGCUAGACAAGGUCUGUGUAGAGCUGGCAGACAUCAAGGAGAAAAACUCAAAGAUGGAGGAAACCAAUGGUCGACUCAGAGAGCAGAUUGGAGAAUUGAAGAGACAGUUAGAAAGAGAGAAAAUGCUGAAAGAUGGGCUGUUGGAUGAUCAUAAAAGGACUCUUCAAACCCUCAGGAAAGAAAUGGACACAGCUAUGGGACAGAUGAGAGAGAAUUUGUUCCUGGAGAAACAGAAAGCUAUAGAGAACAUCAGGGAAGAUGUUGACAAGGGAAGGUCAAAGACAGAGGAACGACUUCAGCGGGCCACAGCAGAACACCAAAAAAUUCUCAAGCAAAAAGAAGAGGAGAUAACUCAGUUAAUAGAAGUGGUGGGGAAACUUGAAAAGGACAGGUCACUCUUGGAAAGAAGAAUUAAGGAUGACACAGAACAAAAGGUACAGGAAGCUUUGAAGCAGGAAAGAGAGCAACUGGUGAAAGAUAAAGAGUAUCUGCUGAUGAGGGAGAGGGAACAGAAAGAGAGUAGACAGACUCUGAAGAACCUGGCGAACGAACUCGAACAGGAGAGGCAGCACAAAGGGACCUUGAUAGAAAGGAUUGCCCAGCUAAACAAGGAUCUUGAGGAGCAGCGUCAGAUGAGCAAACAGGCAGCACAUGAUCGUAUGAUGGCAGUGGCUCGAGCCAAAGAUCAGCUCAAACAAGAGAUGUUACAGGAGAUGGAUCGAGUCCGGGAAAAACUCAAACAGGAACACAGACAAGAAAUAGAACGCUUACAGAACACUAUACGCAGACAAGAGGAGGAGCUAUGUAAUCUCCGGGCCGAGAGGAAGCUUUACGUCCGACCCGAGCUGGAAAACACUCUCGACAGAGUAGAGAGGACAAUCGUCAAUGAAAUCAACGAGGAAUGCAGACGCAACUCUGGAGUUAUAGGCAGCAGUCCACGGAAAGUCAAUCUCAAAAACUUUCAAGUAGAAAAUGGAGGCUACACUCCCAAUGGCAGGAGAACUCCUACCACAGCAGCUUUGAUACAGCCCACAGAUAACAAAGAGGCAAACCUCAGAGCCUGCAACCAAGACCUACGUAACCAUGUGACAGAAUUAAAACGAGAAUUGGAAUUACAGAAAUCAGCUCUAAUGAGAGUGGAAAGAGAGAAGGACGACCUUGUGCAAAAUGUAAAGAAAGAGAUAGAAAUAGAAAAGAAUAAAGAGCUAGACAAAAUGAAGCAGAGCUUGAUGAAGCAGGUGCCAGCACUGGAAUACAAUGGGUACAAUGUGCACAAACCCAACAAUCAAAUGCAAUAUAACAACAAAUUGGUGUCCACCCCCCACUAUGAGUACAGUCCCCGGGGUGAAGUACAAAAUUAUGAGAUAGGAAGACUAGAGAGAGAAAUCCGCAGACUAGCAGAGAACCAAAAACAAAUCAUCCAUCAAAAUGCCUCUGCCGUAGAACACGAUAUUCAGAAUGAAAAAAUGAUAAAUCAGUUAAAAGCCAAGGUCAUGCAGCUUCAAGAUGAGAAUGUUGCACUUAAAAGCAGCAAGUUUAACUCCUACUCUGUUCCUGAUUUGUCAAAUCCAGCUCACUAUCGCUCAUCAGCUUCCCUUCACCAGCCAUCACACAGAGAGAAGCUGGCCCACUAUUUGGAGCAGAGAUCUAAGGAAGGAUUAAUAGACAGUGAGACUGUGGCAGAACAUCAGAGAAUGAACAGAAAUAUGAUGUCACAGAAAAUGAUGGAGAUGACACGUCUACAGAAUUCCCUCACUGACCAGGCGAAGGAUUUGAUUCACCUGAGUAAAUCCUAUCACCAGCUGAACAAGAGAUCGCCAUCACCUGUAAAAGAUCUCAACGUCACCCAGUAACAGGAGGGGGGCAAUAAUGGGAGGGGAUAGACUGUGGUCAUUAGUAUUAUCUAUAUUUGUUUCAGAACCUGAUUUACCUGGGCAAGUCUUAUAAUCACCUGGACAGGUAUUACCAUCCCCGAGAGGCCUGGUACUCUGUGCACGACAAUAACCAAUACUGACUGUAUUCAUGUAAUUAUGUAAUCAAAUACAGUUACAUUUACAGUAGCCAUUACAGAGUGUAAUCAUAAAUGUAAUAACACGAAUGUAAUCAUGUUUCCAUCGUUUGUAAUUUAUGUUAUCAUGAUAUUCUAGCAUUAAUGGUACAUGUAUAUUGUUACAAAGUAGUUUUAAUUAUUGAUUGUAUGAGCUUUAAUACACAAAUUGCAAAGAUAUUUGUAGUCAAUCUCUUAAAUGUAUAAUUGUGAAAGUAAUGUUGGCAGAUAAAUGAAUCGAGACUUUUUAUUCAAUUUACCUGUUCCAUCUAAAUAGGAGUUAUAUAUAAAUUGUGUCAGUGCUAAUGUGUAUUUUUGUACAUACUGGCUACGUACAUUUUGCAAUAUUUCCAUCUGAACCGACUUCCAUAAGGUUAUAUGUUAUUUGUAAUAUUUUUUUGUCCCUUAUAUAGCAAGUGUUAAUGCAUGGGUAGUGGAGUUAUUUGUAUACAUUAUCAGACACCCAAGUUACCUCUGAACAAAAUCAAAGUUAACCUGAAUGUUACAAGUAUGUAUACAGUAAGCCUCUGUAUGUACAACUUUUAAGUGUUAGAGUUUAGUAUUGCAUUAAAUGCAUAUCUAAAGAACUGUGUAUCUUAAUUGGCCUUUUGUACCAAUUUUAGUCCAUGAAGUACAAUGUACAUGUAUAUUGAAAUUUGUACAAUGAUAUGAUUACAACUUAUAUACAAUGUAGCAAGAUGAAAAAAAAAUCAAAAAUAGUGUAGAGGUUAUUUAUGCUGAAGUUUGUCCAUGGUAUGAUAUGUCCAUAUGGACAUAAAGGUAUUUUCAUAAUUCACACAAGUGAAAUAUUUAUUUAUUUAGAAUUGUAUGUAUAUACUACAGGUCUCGUGCCAAAUUUUCUAAUUUUGGUAGUCCUAUUUACAAAGUGUUGUGGUAGAUAUUAGAACAGGAAGCUGGAUUCAGAUCUGAUAUUUUCGCUGUAAAUUUGCUUUAUUUAUAGUUGCUGUUUUGCUGAGCUUUUUUUAUUUAUAACUUUACGGAGAUGCUACUCUCUGAUGAUCCAUCAAGUGUCUGUGAUAUUCAGUUCCGUCCAUACAAGGAAGUCAUAGUGCUGUGUUUUAGAUAGAAAUGAAAGCAAGAGAUUGAAAGAGUGAACGAAUGCUUUGAUGUUGUGGGUAUCUUUGUAUGAAUGGGGAAAUAGAGUAGAUUUUUGCAAUUAGAGAUUACUAGCUAGGAUUUUUUUCUAUUAUGCAUUUUAUGCAAAUUUAUUUAUGAUAUUAAUAUAUAUAUAUAUACAUGAAUAAAAUAUAAUUUAUGUUCAA